AUGGCAGAGUGGCAGGGAACAGAUUAUUCCUCACAGAUUGAAGCUGCCAUCAUCAACAACCAGCCAGAUGCUGACAUUAAUAUCUGCCUUAACAAUCAGAGAGAUUCUCCGUUAUUCCUUGCUGUCAAACUGAGCCACAGGGACAUUGUGAAAAUUCUGCUGUCAUCUCCAGGAUGCAAUCUUGCUCACCAGAACAUUAACCAAUAUUCUCCAUUAGACCUGGCCUUGGUGAUGGUUUUUAACAACCAGAAGGAACCUCGUCAAAGUGCAUGCUGGGAUAUAUUAGAACUGUUGCUAGAGGCGGGAGCCGAGUCUUCUUGUCCAGAUGCUAUGCUGUAUGUUGUUAGAACUGCACUCAAACUCAACGAUGACCAGUUUCUUUUUCACCUGAUUCACACCUUAACGGCCUGCUGCACGUCUCUGAACAUGCAUGCGUUGUUACUCCGUAAACUCCAUCGUCACCAGCCAAUGUACACUGGUGUCAACAACGAUUUGUUUUUCGAGCAAGCUUCAGAUCUUUCUGUGAAACUGAUCAAGCUGUAUACCAACAAAGACAGUCUGCAGCAGAUUGUGGAGUGCUUUCCCUACUAUGCAGACUCCCAUUGGGAUGUACGGGAAGCAAGAAACAGAUUGUUUAUCAAGCUAAUCAUAUACCUGACUGUCGCAGGGUGGCAGUGGACUAACCAAGCUGACCUCCAGUACAUGAGAUUAAUCUGCACUAAUUUAUCUCAGUGGUGCUACCAGAUGCUGAGAACAGUUCCUUCUCUCACGCACUUAUGUCGGCUGAGCUUGACGUCCAGUCCGUCUGCCAGACAGUCCAUCAUUCCAUUAAGGGUCCCUAAUAUUCUUCUCAGUUAUUUAGACUACAAAGACAUUGAUUCCUUGGCACCGUUCACCUCAACUUUUGAUUUCAGCUCAGUGCAGCUGUAA